AUGGUGUCGAAUCCCCGUCGCCACCUCCAGAUCCUGGUCGUGGGCUGCGCGCUGCCCUGCCUUCUGGCCUUUGCGCGCAUUGAGGACGACAGGACCUGGUACUCCAUUGCCCUGAGCGCAGUGGUCAGCUAUGCGGGGCUGGUGGCCACCAAGGCCCUCGUCCCGAUCGUCAAGGCCUUCAACCUGCGCGCGGGGCUUUCAGGGCUGGACAUCAACAAGAAGGGAAGCCCAGCGGGAGAGAAGAAGAUACCGGAGUCCCUCGGCCUGGCGUCCGGGGUAGUGUUCCUGGUGUGCAUCAUAUUGUUUCAGCAGCUGCACUACUACGACGCCGCCUCCUUCGUGCGGUGGUUGACGCAUGGCGGGAGCUGGUGGGAACUGAAGAGCGUGGUGGUGGAGCAGGCCAGCGACGCAUGGCUGGUGGACUACAACGCAGCCCUCGCCACCAUCUGCUUCAUGCUCUUCCUGGGCUUUGCGGACGAUGUGCUGGACAUUCCCUGGCGAGUGAAGCUGGCCCUGCCCUGCGUCGCCAGCCUGCCCCUCAUCAUCGCGUACGCAGGGGGCACCGGGGUCGUGGUCCCGCGACCCCUGCGCGCCCUCUGCUUCGGCCUGGGGCCCCGCCUGGAGCUGGGGCCGCUCUACUACAUCUACAUGGUGGCCCUGGUCAUCUUCUGCGCCAACUCCAUCAACAUCCUGGCUGGGGUCAAUGGGCUGGAGGUUGGGCAGACUGUGGUCAUCGCCUCGGCGGUGCUAUCCCACAACCUCAUGCAGCUGGCAGGGAACAUCCCAGACGAAGUUCGCGACGGACACCUCUUCUCUGCAUACCUCAUGCUCCCCCUCAUCACGACCUCGAUGGGCCUCCUGCUCUUCAACUGGUAUCCCUCCCAGGCAAGAAAGGCAGCAAUGGAUUUUGUCUUCGUUGGCGACACAUUCACCUACUUCUCGGGCAUGACUCUGGCAGUGGCGGGCAUCCUGGGCCACUUCUCUGAGACGCUGCUCAUGUUCUUCAUCCCCCAGAUCAUCAACUUUGUGUACAGCAUUCCCCAGCUCUUCAAGUGGGUGCCCUGCCCCCGCCACCGCCUGCCCAGGUACGACACUGCCACGGGGCUACUCCACCCCACACCAAACUGGAAUCUGGUGAACGCCUUCCUUUCCAUCUUUGGGCCCUGCACCGAGCUAGUGCUGUGCUCACGGCUGCUGGCAUUCCAGGGCCUCUGCUGUGGGGUGGCCUUCUGGGCGCGGCACGUCCUCGCCGGGGUGUACAAGGAGUGA